CCCUUCUUCCCUUUCUCUCUUCUCUUCGUUUCCACUGUAUUCGCGCAAUUUACCUUUUGUUUCUUAUGUUUCGCGUUGGUUUCGGUCUUAAUCGUCGAUUGAGUUGUCGAUUUGUUUUUUUCCUUAACCUACGGAAUUUAUUGACGUUCUUGUUAUUUGCUCUGUGUUUUGCUGUUUGAUUUGGUUGCUGGAAAUAUUCACUGUCGUAGAAGUGAAAAGGCAUUAUGGAUAUAGUUUGAAUUUGUAUUAGUUUUUUGGUCUUUUUUAAACAAUGAAUAUCUCCAGGAGAAACUCGUUGUGACCUUGAUAUGAAAUAAGAUAAAAUUGAGAUGAAGUUGCAAUUGUGUUUUUGGCUUAGUUAAAGCAGUCGAUUUGCUUAAAUAACCUUGGGAAAAUAUUGCGAGGAAUGUGUGGAAAAAACAAGCUGCUGACUAGGUUUAGUAUUAUUGUGAUCAAAUUUUGAAGCCAUCUGGACAUAUUAUGAUUGAGGUAUCAAAGAACUAAUGUGGGAUGACAAUUCUGACACUGAGUUGUUGAAUUGGAUUACUUGACUGAAGUAAAAACGAUUGAUAAUUGUCUAUUUCAAUCCUCCCCCUCCGCCCAACUUUUGCCACUACUAGGCAGACCCAAAUAGUUGAUUUGGUUUUACAUUUUUUAUGAUGUCAAUGUGCUUUUGUUCAGUUAAACCAUUUUUUAAUGGUAUGAUCAGUAACUUUUGUCCUAUUUUUUAGUGUUUAAUUUGAUUGCUGGAGAUACUUAACAUUUGAUCAUCAUAGGGGUUGUUUGCCUAUUUUCCUUUUUAAAUAUGUUACGCAAAUAUUGAAGUGACACAGUUUGGACACUCCUUUGAGUCAUUCCUUUUCUUUCUCUUCCUCGUUAUUAUGGCCAUAGGUUUAUAAACAUGACUUAUUAUGAAAGUCCCAAAAGUCAUUAUAGGUAUGGUUCACAUUCCAGUUAAUUUUAGUGACCAUCUUAUAAAAGAUGAAGAGAUAGUUCAGACAAAGUUGCUGUAGUUUGAGAUAUUGAGCUGAUGUCAUUGUUUUAUUUUUAUACGAAACAAUCAGUAAAAUUGUAAAACAUGCUAAUGACUACUUGCAGUAUUAUUGUGUUCCGAUGACUUUGAACCCAAAUGCAUGCUAUGAUUGAGCUAUUGAAGAAUUUAUGCAGGACAACUAUUCAGAUACCAAACAGUCAAUUUGGAUAAAUGAUAAUGCCGUGAUGCAAAUGAUGGGUCAUUGGGGUGUUUGUCAUCAAGUCAUGUUCAUUGGUCAGCAAGAGGAAUGUGAACUCACUUCCACCAUUCCUAAGGUUGAGGAAUCAGAAGAUGAAGAAAAAGUCAUUGACGUUGAGCCUAUCUUCAUGCCAAAAUUUAAGAAAAGAAAACGCCUAAGCCUUAAUCGUCUUAGAGAGAUUAAAGCAGAUAUGUGCGAUGGGCAAAGUAGUGACAUGGCUAAAACAAAGAAGUGUGCAAGCAGAGACAGAUGGUCAGCUAAGAGGUAUAAGUUGGCUGAGCAAAGCAUGUGGGAGGUCUUAAAAGGUGAAGGUGCAACUUUUGAAAAUCCAAUUACCCGAAAUGCACUAAGAUUGGCUGCCCGUAAGCACAUUGGUGAUACUGGACUAUUAGACCACUUACUAAAGCACAUUGAUGGUAAAGUGGCACCUGGAGGAACUGAGCGGUUCCGACGGUGGUUCAACACCAAUGGAAUCAUGGAGUAUUGGUUGGAGAGUGCUAGUUUGGAUAAGAUCCGCCAGGAGGCCGGGAUGCAAGACCCUUACUGGAUACCACCGUCUUCUUUAAGGGCAUGCAGUGUUCCUACUCUGAAUACUGAUUCCAUUGGUGAACUGAAAAUGCUUAAAAUAGAAAUGGCCCAGAUGAAAAAAGAUAUGCAAGAGCUCAUUGCCAAGAAGCAAGAAAAAAACGAAAUGUGUUUGAUGAAGGAGACACAGAAAAAUUAUGUGAAUUGGAAAGCUAUGACUGAGCAGCGUGUAACUGAUAUUAUAAAUUCUUUGAAGGGUGUGCAGGGCAUGCAUGAAGACAUGUUGAUUUGGAAAACUAAAGUUGAGCAACAGCUUAUGCAAAUAACCAACAAAUUGAGUGGUGUGCAGACAUUGAGAGAACACACCACUUCAAGUUAUUCUCCUGUAAGAUGGGAGGAUUGGCUGGAAAGCACCAACCUAGACAAUAUUCAGGGAAAUGAACUUGGACCUUGGUUUGGGAAUCCUGAGCUACUUAAUGUUCUUCCACAAGAGGUUGUACUUCAAGAUCCAAACUUAACCCUACCAACUCAGCUGCACGGGGUAGAACUGACUAACAUGAGGAGUAGCCCCCUCAUUCUUUCUCCUCGUGAUUAUAGCAAUUUGCUGGAGUUGGUGCCAGAGAAGCUAAAGGAAGAUCAAACUAAUGUGACACCUGAUUCUUCUACGACGGUUAACUCAAAAUCAGAAACUGACAAUUCAUUGAUAUUGUUUCAGGAAAUGUUCAUGGAGUUAUUUACAUCAAGGGAUAAAAUGGAGCAGCAGUUAUUGGAUAUAUCAAAUACUGUAUAUCGUAUGCUGGCAAUGAAAUAGACUCUACAUCGAAGUAUCCUAGUAUCAAGCCUAAUUUUUGGACGCUAAUUUUUAACCAUUUUCUCUUGUUGCUUUCAGAGUGUAGGGCUUAGAUAUUGUACAGGUUAACAAUAUAACGAAGUGAAAUCCUUCUCCAACCACAACAUAGAAGCCGCAUCUGAAUCUCACCCACACUGAGCUGCAAAUUGUCGAUAUUUUUCCCUGGCCUUUUAUAGUACAGUUGGUUUCUGCUUUAAGGUAGGUCACUAGGUCAUCGUUAGGGAUAUUAUUUUAAGUGACAGUUUUCUAGUUUUGUUCAGUAAAAGUUAAGCUCCUGUUAGGCUUUUAUUUAACUUAUUAGCUCGAGUGACUCUUGAAAAUAUGUACUUGAACCUUAUUUGGGGGAUAAGUUGCUAUAUGUAGAAUUUGUGCGGUAUAGUUCAUCA